AUUUGGUAUUGCUCAUCCGCAAAAAAAUGUUUACUACAAUUAUCAUAACUGUACCAGUGGUCUACCAAAAAUCAAAGCUGAAGAAUUAGGUUGAUGAAGCAAGUAAAUGAAGAUCUGUCCAGCUCAUCAAAUAAAUGAUUGAUCUUCAAUUUUCCACAAUUUUUCAGAAUUCAGAUCGUAUUUUAUUUCUUUAUUUAUUUUUAUAUAUUCGUUGAUUUGCUCAAUGAUUUUCUUACGUGACAGUAAUUUAUUAACAAAUAUAUGCGUACCUUAUUGAAUUUAUGGCGGCAUGGGCCUCCAAAGCUACAGUGUUCUACCUUCAUGCAUUUUAUUUUGAUUUUUUUUUUUUUUUUGGUUUUCUGGGAGGGGCAGAAAUCUCACAACAAAUUUUUCUUCAAUAUUUGCUAAAGAAAAGAAAAAAGCCUUUGGAUUCUUUUCAUUCCUGCUUUCCAAUUGGGUGCUUAAUUUUGACCGAAGAGAAAAUGAUAUCAAUUGAAAAUCAUGAUCAUGAUGAACUUUUCCAGUUCCUUGGUGUUCUUCCUCAACAGCAAAACAUGGCAUUACAGAGUGGACUUCUCACUCUGCAGAUGCCUAAAACAGAACCAACUCAGCUAAAAACUAGCAGAAAAAGAAAAUCUUGCCAAGAUCAAGAGAGCCCAGAAGAAUAUUUGAAGAAAAUCAUUCACAGGGAUGUUGAAAGACAGAGGAGAAAAGAAAUGGCUACUCUUCAUAGCUCUCUCAGAUCACUGGUCCCUUAUGAGUUUGUCCAGAAGAGGUCUUUAUCGGUUACCAGAAAAGAGAAGAGGUCUAUUUCUGAUGAUAUGCAUGGGGCUGUGAACUAUAUAAAGCAUCUUAGAGGGAAGGUGGAUGAGCUGAUGAAGAAGAGAGAUGAGUUGCAGAAGCUGAUGAAAUGUGGCUGUGGUUCUAAUUGUUCUUCGAACGGCUCGUGCUUCUCAGUGAAUUAUGAGAAGACUAGUGUAACAGUCCAAAGCAGUAUCACAGGGAUGCAAGUCAUUAUUAGGACUGGUUUGCUUAAAGGGUUGCUCCUUUCGAAAGUAUUUCGAGUUCUAAAUGGCGAAGGGAUGGCUGUUGUAAGUUGCACCUCCACCAGAGCAACUGAUGGACAGAUUCAUGCAAUUGAAUGUGAGAUUGAUGCUGGGAAGAGCCCUGAUCAAAUUAACCUGCAGAAGAGACUGGAAGACUUGGUUUCUGAACUAUGAUCAAUUUUCUUGAGGAUUUAGUGCAUUUUGAAAUUAGACCCUUCAUGAUUCCUGAGGUUGAGCUCAUCUAUGCAGGGUAUAUUUGUACUGUAUUUGCCGGAAUAAUUGAGUUGUAACUUGGAAGUCAAAAGCAUAGAAAGCACUUGUUCUGGAUAGUGUGAAAAAUCUCAUCCUGUGAACUUCUUGUCCUUUGAAUCUUUUGAUUAAAGAAAAAAACGAAAGAGGUGUUUGUGUUUGUAAUCUUAGAGUAAUUUUUUUCAUCAAUCUUUUGGAUACCUUUGUAAUGUAACAAAGAAUGGAAAACUAAAAAUAGUGAAGGUUUUUAUUGAACAUUGCUGGUAACAUAAGCUUUGGAGUUGACAGGCCUAACUUCAUUGAAUCAUGAACACACAACAGACUUACCAACUCGAAAAGAUAACAAAAAUAAUCAAGCAUCUUAGUCUAAAUGAGAUGAAAAGCUUAUGAAGAGGAUUUAGUAGUAUCACUGGAUGAUUCGUCAACUUCCUGAAGUUUAGAGUCUUCAGGAGAUUCUUCCUUCUUCCCGAACAGUUUGUGCUGAAUAUGCUGAGCGAAAGUGCGAGGAGGAUAGCGAGGAGGGCGGGUCUCUGACACAGUUUCCGGCAGUGGCUUGAGGAUGAUCUUUUCCUUUGGUGGCUCACAGAAAACAGCCCAAGAAAUUCGCACUUUCUCCUUGUUCACAAGGCCUCUGUGCAAAAUGCUUUUGUACUUACCAUUGCUAAGAAUCUCAAUAGUGUCUCCAAUGUGCAUGAUUAUGGAAUCAGGAACACAUUUAGCAGUAAUCCACUUGCCUUCAUAGAACAAUUGCAGGCCAGGCACCAUGUUAUGAAGUAUGAAAGUCAGUGCACUUACAUCAGUGUGAGCUUCGACGCCUAAUGCUAGUUCGGGUUGAGGACAUUUGGGAUAGUAAUUGAUCUUCUUCUGAAGAAUCAGUUCUUCCAUGCCUCCAACUUCCUUUUCCAGCCUCCCUUCUUCUAGUCCCAACCCAAGAGAGAGCACUGAUAGUAUCUUGCUCACCAGGAUCCUCAAUCGCUUCGCGUAUUCCAUCACAGCAGGACUUAAAUACAACACAAUGUCUUAAGUUUCACUCAACUAAUUUAUAAACAGAAAGAAGAUUUCCAACAGAACUUACAUGUAGUCAGCUGGAGUUUUAGGCCAAAUGGACAUAUCCCUUUUGUCCUCAGGGAAAAUGGUGUGGAAAAAGUAGUCCUCCCAUUCAAGGCUACCACUGGCAGUGUUGGCUAGUUUGCUACCAUAUCCCUGAAUAUUCCCUGAGGCCUGAUCAUUAGCAUACUUCUCCUUUUCUUCAACAGGGAGAUCAAAGAAUUUUUGUCCGGCUUCCUUGACGCGAUCAAUGAGCUCAACCGGAAUUCCAUGGUUGACAAGGUGCAUAACUCCCCACUGCAUUGCAGCAUUCUUCAGCUCAUCCCGGCAUUUAUCGCGAACUUCUGUGUCCUCUGCUUCGAUCUGACUCAGGUCAAUCGUUGGAACUUGAGGCCCUUGGAGGUUUUUCUCUUCCUCAAACACAUUUCCCAUGGAGGUCAGCUCUUCUUGAGGCCUCACAUACUCUUUGGGUAUCAGUUGAAUCCCACUGCUAGCUAGGCUUUCAACUCUGCUUGCCACAGCUGCAGCCAUAUUAAUUUGUGUCUACUUCAAGAUGAAAUUUUGAUUCUCCUUUGUUUUUUAAAGGAUGUAGAAUACUGAAUCAAGAUUUGAGUAGGCUUGAAACAAGAUUUGGGUUUAUAUAAUGAAUGUUUUCUCAACCGAUUUAUGCAACAGAUACUUAACAUCCAAAUGCAACAUCUCAGUGAGCACAACCACCAAACGCCAACCUGUUUGAUUGACUGGAGGGUGGAUACACGAGGUUCGGUGCUUUCUAGCCU